AUGGCUUUAAAUUGGGCAUUGGUUGCAGGAGAUGCUAAAAACCCAGUUCCACUACCUCUUCCUGAGGAAGAGUUCUUCUUUAGCAAAAAGAAGGUUUCGCUUGCUCUAGAAUUAGGAUCUAAUGGGUAUCCUGGAAACGGAGGUCAACUUAAAGCUGAUGGAAUUAUACACAUUACAAAUCAAAGGCCUACUGUUGAACACUUAAAAUCAUUGAGUAUUCCAUUGAAAAAUCUCCGAGACGGGAAGCUUGCACAGCCUUGGUUUGGCGCAAAUUAUUACACGGCCACUGUGCUUCCAGUUCCAAAUGAACACGAAAGCAAUGCACCCCAGACUUAUGAGCAGUUACCUUCAUAUACACCACGCGAAACUCCUGAAAAUGCAGCCACAACAACAGCCAUUCCUUCAAGUGGGGUUUUGUUAGUGAGCGCAAUGCCAUCGCCAAACCCUUUUAUCACAACACCUCCGACAUCAACAUUACCUAAUCCAUUGCUUACACAAACUUCAGAUUCCAAUACACAAGUAAUCUCGCGUUCUCCAUCGCCCGUUCCUCAUCAGAACCGUCCUGCUAAUUCCGCAUCUUCAUCUACGGUGCCUGUUAGCGACUUACCACCAAGUUACGAUGAUAUAACGAAAUGA